UGCGCAAACUUAUAAGAGAGUCAGGCUCAUAUAGGAAACCCUGCGAAUACUUUUAUUCCGGUACUCACGUUACCUCGCUGCUGUGCUCUCCACCGCCUCCACAACGCUCGCGCGCUCAUAUGACAUCUUCAACAAACUACCCCUCCCGCCGGGGAUGUAACUCUGUUCCUGACAGCUGAGCCGCAGAGCAGUUUGUGGCGCUCUUUCACAAAGUAGACUCACAAGAAAAAGUAUUUUAUUUCUCUCUGUGCUUUCUAGUUCUUCUCGGAAGUGUCGCGGUCAAGUGUUUCGACGCGAACUGUUAGCUAACGGCUAGCGUCCAGCUUCCUCUUCAGCGCCAGCGCAGCAUCUCCCUCCACAGUGGAUGCGAUGACAGACUCGGUCGUGGACGCCAAAGCGGAGGUUAAACAAGCCACCAAAUAUGUCAAGGAGACGGAGAACGUCGCGGAGAAAUACUCCGCGCUGACCGUCAGCAAGAACAGCAGCGACGUGAACAUGAACGUGGGAGAGAUGCCGUCCGCCGCGUUCACCGCAGUGCCCACUCUGAAAUCCGUCAAGAAGAUUCAGUUUGCCAAUGCCGAGGACAAACAAGAAUUCAGCAAGUACCCAACCAAGGCUGGGCGCCGUUCCCUCUCUCGGUCCAUCUCGCAGUCUUCUACUGACAGCUACAGCUCAGCUGCAUCCUACACUGACAGCUCUGAUGAUGAAACCUCCCCCAGAGACAAAACCCAGGUCAACUCCCAGGGCAGCAAUGACUUCUGCGUGAAGAACAUCAAACAGGCUGAAUUUGGCCGUCGAGAAAUCGAAAUAGCAGAACAAGACAUGUCUGCAUUGAUGUCCCUGAGAAAGAGAGCCCAGGGGGAAAAGCCCCUGGCCGGGGCCAAAGUGGUGGGCUGUACCCAUAUCACAGCUCAGACAGCUGUGCUGAUUGAGACCCUGGUGGCCCUCGGAGCCCAGUGUCGCUGGACUGCCUGUAACAUUUACUCCACUCAGAAUGAAGUGGCUGCAGCUCUUGCAGAGACAGGCGUGUCUGUGUUUGCGUGGAAGGGCGAAUCAGAGGAUGACUUCUGGUGGUGCAUUGAUCGCUGUGUGAACGCUGCAGGAUGGCAGGCCAACAUGAUUUUGGAUGAUGGUGGAGAUUUGACCCACUGGGUGUACAAGAAGUAUCCCAGUAUCUUUAAAAAAGUUCGAGGCAUCGUUGAGGAGAGCGUCACUGGAGUUCACAGACUGUACCAGUUGUCUAAGGCUGGUAAGCUGUGUGUCCCUGCGAUGAACGUGAACGACUCCGUUACCAAGCAGAAAUUUGACAACCUUUACUGCUGCCGCGAAUCUAUCCUGGAUGGCUUGAAGAGGACGACAGACAUAAUGUUUGGAGGGAAACAAGUGGUUGUGUGUGGUUAUGGAGAGGUGGGGAAAGGCUGUUGUGCUGCUCUGAAGGCCCUCGGCGCCAUCGUGUGCAUCACUGAGAUUGACCCUAUUUGUGCUUUGCAGGCAUGCAUGGACGGGUUCCGAGUGGUCAAGCUGAGCGAGGUCAUUCGGCAGAUGGACGUGGUGAUAACAUGCACUGGCAACAAGAACGUUGUCUCCAGAGAGCAGCUUGAUCGCAUGAAGAACGGCUGCAUCGUCUGCAAUAUGGGACACUCCAACACUGAGAUUGAUGUGGCCAGUCUGCGCAGCCCUGAACUGACCUGGGAGAGGGUUCGUUCUCAGGUGGACCACAUCAUCUGGCCUGACGGGAAAAGGGUUAUUCUGCUUGCAGAGGGUCGCCUGUUGAAUCUGAGCUGCUCCACAGUGCCUACGUUUGUCUUAUCUAUUACUGCUACUACUCAGGCCCUGGCCUUGAUCGAGUUGUUUAACGCUCCAGAAGGACGCUACAAACAAGACGUUUAUCUCCUCCCCAAGAAAAUGGAUGAAUACGUGGCCAGUUUGCACCUGCCAAACUUUGACGCCCACCUGACCGAGCUGUCCGACGAGCAGGCCAAGUACAUGGGCCUCCACAAAAACGGGCCUUUCAAGCCUAAUUAUUACAGGUAUUAACGAGGAUCUCUGCUACUUGGAGCACAGCGGUCCUGUGUUAAACAAAGAUGUUUUAUUUUCUAAAAUGCUACAAAGUGGAUGAAAUAUUUUACCUAAUGCUGAAUGUAACUUAUUGAUAGCACCUCAUGUAAUAGAGUUAUAUAUAUAUAGAAAGAGAGUUAGAGUAAUAUAUAUAAAGAGAGAGAAAGCAUAUAAUCAACUAACACUGUCUGAUGUGUUUUAAAAAGCCUUCUUGCAUGCAUUUCGUGUGUUUGCUAAGUUGCUGUUACUAGAUCACAGAACUGUUGAUUGGUUUGUUUACUCUCUUGACGCACAGUGCCAAAUAAUGGCUGUAUGUACGAAACCCAAGAGACAUUUUAAGAUUUUUAUUUGCUGUGGCAUUAAGAGUUUAUGAGUACAUUCCUUUUGGCGGGGUUCAAGCUGAGCCAAAGCAAGCUGCACAUCAUUUUCAGUGUUGUGGAUUGUAGCAUCCAGUUUUUUUUUUCCAACUAUGUAACUAGCAUGGCGUCAUUUUUAGAAAAUGUAAUCACCUGUGUGUGUCUCACAACAACCUAACACACUUUGCAUGUGAAGCUGCAGGUGUCAGUCUAAAAUGAUGUUACGCCAUAGCAUACAGCAUGUUAAUAACAAGGAAUUUUUACAAACCAAAAAAGGAAGUCUGAAAAAGCUCAAGCCAGAGCUGCAUUUCUGUACUACUGCAGCCUCUUUCAUGUGUUACCAAGUUUCCAUUUGCACACUCGGAUUCCACACCGAUGUGAGUGUCUUCAAAGCCUUUUGACUGGAUAAUGCCUCUUAAGGUCAUGCUACUGUAUGAAUGUGCCUUUUUGUUCUAUAAUUUACUACUCUGUCUUCAAAGAAGUAGGGAUAUUCUGUAAAAUACAUCUCUGCAAUAUAUUGCAACAAUCAUUCAUAAACAGAAAUGCGAUCUAACGGAUUUGAUCCAAACAUAACAAAAAUAUCAGAAGGUUUUUGGCUAACUGUAUUUUCAUUUUAAAAUAUUUAAUAAACAUAGAAAAGCUGGGAUAUUCAUAAAAAUCAAAGCUAAAGGGAUAAAUGUGUCCUCACAGUGUAAAAUUGCGAUGUGGUGUGUGUUAAAUUCCAUAUUUGUCACCUUUUGUAGCCUUGAAUCCAAUAUAAAAUACAUUUUCAAAUAAAAAAACAUUUAUGAUUUUUGUUGCAAUUUAAAGUUAACACAGAAUCCCAACUUCUGAAUCAGAGAUGUACAGCAUAAAACAUCAUCACUGACCUUAAUUAAAUUAAUCAAACCGUGUAAGCUCUAUUUUUUGUGCUUCAUCUUAUGUCUUCCUGCCUCUGCUUGUAACUAACUUUAAUGUAUAAGCUGUGUGUUUAGAAACAAAUAUUACAUUUACUUGUGGCCCAUAAUUGGCCCCUCAGAUAUUUUAAUCCAGCAAAUGACCUUAAUCUCGUGUUCAAAAUGACAGAAGUAUAAACUCUGUAUGUAAACAUUUGUAUUAAAUCAGCAAUAAAGCAAGUCUUUUUAUCUGAGGGAAUUAUUUGUAAAAAGAGUUUUGCUUCUGCAAUAAAAAGUAGUCAGAAUAUCCCUGAAA